AUGAAGGAUGUUAAGAAGUUCGUACACAAGCACAUCCGGAAGAAGCCAUUCCUGUUUAUGGAACUUCCGGCUGAAGUCCGGAAUCGCAUCUACGAAUACGCCUUAGAGAAUCGAAAUGAGCCAACCUCAAAAGAUCAUACAACUCAAGUCACGCUCGCGCGGCAACGUAACAUCUUCGGGAUCCAUCGAGCACCCCGUGGUGCCCUUGCUCUUUUGCAAGUCUGCCGCCAAGUCCGUCGCGAGUUGCAGCCCUUGUACAUGGCCGUAGGGGAUAUUCGAAUUUCCGUGGAGCUCCGCGAUCUAUCUUCACUCCUAUCCACAUGGUACUCGGAACCCAACACCAACGCCGUCAUGCAAGUCUCUGCUCCACCCACCAUUCUCAUCUGGGUCUCUGCCCAAGAUGUCUUGGGGGGCCUUGUUGUCGACAUGCGCCAUCUCUUUCUCAUCAUGGCCCGCAACCCAACACCGGCUUGGUAUACGAAUGCCCACAUUCACGAGUACCGAUUCCACCUCCUCCGCCAAUCCACCAUUCCCUACGCUAUGGACCGCCUGCUCCGAGUUCUCGAGUAUGCAGAGAGUGUACCUGAUGUGUUGCUCGAAGACGUCAAGAGCGGAGUCAUCUCAGAGAUCAAGUUUGUGGUGAACAAGAAUGGGACUUUCAAGUGGCUUCUCACUGUUGUGAUUGAGGGUGCCACACCAGGGCAUCUGGUUACCGAGGAGGAGUACACGCGCUUGGAGGGAUACUUUGAGCAUUUGACUAUGGAGGCUUACAUUUACAUGGUGAUGAAGCUUGUCAACGAGACAGGGGUGUUUGGACAUAAGCAUAGUGAUUUGGAGAGACAUACGCCUUACGAUGGUUAUCCCAGUCUGGGCUCGCAACAGGCUGAAGAUGAUGAUAUGAGGCAAGAGGACGGUCAGUUGGAGAAGAAGCCGAGGAGUAGGCCCAAGCAUGGCUGGCGGAUACAAAGCAUUGAAAAAGGAUACAUCAUUGUUGCAUGGCUCUAG